UGGCCCAAGACGCGCCCUCCCUCGGCGGGGACUCGGUUUCCCGCGCAGGAAUCCCCGGUCCCUCCCCCGCGGUCGGCGGCCCCUCCUCCUGAGCCAUGGUCCCCGCCCCGGGGGCCCCAGGCUGUCCCGCGGAGUCCCGGGCGGCCGGGCCCCAGGUCCCGGCGCCUACGCGGGAGGCCGCGGACGACUCGCCGCCUCUCUGGGUCUCCUCGCGGCCGGGGACCGCGAGCCCCGGGGCGGGCGGGUCGGCGCUGCGCUACGUCGAGCGGGGCAGGAUGGCGGCGUUCCUGGAGGCCGGCCUGGCGCGGGUGCUCUUCUACCCGACGCUGCUGUACACCGUGUUCCGCGGGAAGGCGCCGGGCCGCGCGCACCGCGACUGGUACCACCGCAUCGACCCCACCGUGCUGCUGGGCGCGCUGCCGCUGCGGAGCAUGACGCGCCGGCUGGUGCAGGACGAGAACGUGCGCGGGGUGAUCACCAUGAACGAGGAGUAUGAGACGAGGUUCCUGUGCAACUCCGCCAAGGAGUGGAAGAAAGUAGGAGUCGAGCAGCUGCGGCUCAGCACAGUAGACAUGACUGGAAUCCCAACCUUGGCUAACCUCCAGAAAGGAGUCCAGUUUGCUCUCAAGUACCAGUCGCUGGGCCAGUGUGUCUACGUGCAUUGUAAGGCUGGCCGCUCCAGAAGUGCCACUAUGGUGGCAGCGUAUCUGAUUCAGGUGCACAACUGGAGCCCAGAGGAGGCUGUAGGGGCCAUCGCCAAGAUCCGGUCACACAUCUACAUCAGACCUGGCCAAUUUGAGGUUCUCAAAGAGUUCCACAAGGAGAUUACUGCAGGGGCAGCCAAGGAUGAGACUUGUCACACAUCAGAGACAUGAAGUACGCGGAUACGUGGAUUAGAAAGAACUCAGGACAACCCUGCUUGCUACAGAAUAAAAAAGUUUAACAGGACCAAAGGGACUUGAGCCCAGACUUGACAUAAUAGAAAUGUGUUAAGUAAUGGAUAAUUUUACUUCCUUUGUCUUGUUUCACUUGCCUGAAAUAACACUGUUGUAUGGCUAGAAA